CACCAUAGUUUAUUUAUUGGGUUGCGUUCUUUUAUAUUUUGCUUUUGUCAUGUAUUAGAUUUUAAGCCUAGUUGCUUCAGUGAACUGUAAAGUAGUUAUAAGAUUGUUGGCCUACCUCAUUUUGAUUUACAUGGUAGGCCCCACCAGCAAGUGAAUACUACAAUAAACUAAUCUAAACUAAUCUAGCAAACUCCUCUGAUUGGAAAAUGAAACUGUGGCUAAUACAUAGGCUACUACACUAAUUGUCUAAGACUAUUAUUUCUGUCCUUAUCCGUUCACCCUGGCCCACCCUAAACAAUACCAUGACCAAAACAUACAGUUAACCUUGUAGGCCUGCAUCUAGGUCUAAUUUAAGAUAUAUUGGUUUAUUCAUUAGAAAAUAAUGACAAGUGUAAAUAUGGACUCUCCUACCCAUAUAAGAGGCCCAUGCUGUUUGAAAUCAGUGUUUAACAGGGUAGGGAAAAUGUAAGGGCAAAAUAAGAGUUUCUCAUUUUCAUGAAACAACAUGUUUUACAGCCUAUUGCAUAAAAGUUAUGCCAAAGUUCACAUAGGCCUAGUGAAAACAGCCAGCUGUAGGCUACAGGAUAUUUGAACAUAAAUGCUUAGCCUAGGCUAUAGCUAGAAAAAAAGUCCAAUUUGAAAGCUUUGAUUCUGAACUAUUGGUUGACAAACACAGGAAAGUAGGCUAGCCUCUGCCCUGCUGUAGGGCCAACUUUACUGCCUGCCUGUUUCACUACCAACCAGUGCAAUUAGCAUAAUUUGUGAGUGACGCUGAGCUGUUUGAUGGGGGAAUCAACGCGUCCACAAGUCAAGCCCUGUUAUUUCCUCCGUUACAUGGCUGUCCGUGAGCGUUGCUGAUACCCGGUCUCUAGUUGUGAACAACAUGAUGGGAAUACCGACUAGGAUACCACGACUAGGCUACUAACGUUACUGCUCGGCUAUUACUCCUGCUGCUAGCCUUGUAAGAACACAAACUAAGAGCCUCCCAGAGUCCGAAGCGAGGCGGGAGCACAGACCCAAGACCGAGAGGAAGACACGGAGGGAGAGAGGCAGGAUACCCGGGGAGGCGGAGAGAGGCGAGAAGGAGAAGGGAAAUAAAAGGACGAACAACCACCCCAAAAUGCGAUGGGGUGACAUUUUGUGGCGGACCUGUUCCUCAGAAGCCGUCUGACUGGCUGGGUGGCUGGGUGUGUGAGCGACAGAGGCUAAAAAAUAAAGAAAUCUGAGGCCAUUGUUAUCAGCCAGCAGCGGUGCAGGCAGCGCUGGUGCUGGGGCGGAGGGGGUGGGGGGGUGGGGGGCGCGAGCAGGCAUCAGGCAGGCUCCCGGUGAGCUCGUUCAGCUCGUGCGCUAGCUAGCCUGCCUGUAGCCUGGACCAAGACUUUCCGUUAAUUCCCGUAUACCGAGGCCACCCCCCACCCCCCAACCACCGACGUCUUGACUCCGUCCUGACUCCGUCCAGCUCGCUCAUCCGCCAUCCGUACAUGCCACACGGUGCCCGGUUCGCCGCCCUCGCGCAGCCCGGUCUGCCGCUGCUGGCUCCAGGAGGUGUUGUGGUGGUGGUGGUGGCGAGCAGCCGUGCUAGUCUCAAGACAGCACGGGAGAAGCAGCCAGUUUGCGAGAGAAGAAGAGAGGAGGAGAGGCAAACCGAGCGGAUUAAUUAUUUAUUUAAUGACUGUUUAUUAUUAUUAUUGUUAUUGAUUAGGCUACCUAGUGAAUGUGCGUGAGGACUAAUCUGUGAUGCGGUGUUGCUGGGUCCGUGCCGGACUGGACCGGGACAACCGGUGCUAAGUAAGGUCAGAUUGCAGGGGACCGUUGGAGAGACACCGUCACGUGACCCCCGGUACCAAAUGGUCUUCCGGCAGUGGCUCUCAACAAGGACCGGAGCACAAGAAGACGCCGCCACUUCUCUCAGAAAUGCAGAAGACAACAUACUACGACAACUCCUCAACACUUUUCGGUGGCUACUCAUCCUACCAGGUGCAGGGGGCAGCAGCGGCAGCAGCCGCCAAUGGCUUUGGGGGCUAUGAUGCCCCGGUCCCAGUGUCCCACCACCAGCCGGCCUUCCAGUCGGCAACCCAUCUGGAUGUGGAUUCGUACCAGCGCUCUGCCUGCUCUUUACAGUCGCUGGGCAGUAACGGCGGCCACCAGCAGCCGCAGCAGCUAGCCAAGACCAAGGAGCUGAAUGGCAGCUGCAUGCGGCCCAGCCUGCCGCCUGAGCACCACCCUGGCUCCCAGGUGUCCCCUCCUUUGCCCCCCAACCCCAGCAACGGUAAUACCGGGGCUCAGCAGCCGGGGGGCAGUGCUGGGGCCUCCUCAGUCUCUAAAUCAGGCCCCAAUAAGUCGUCUAAUUCUUCUGCCUCCAUAUCAUCCUCCACAUCGUCCUCCUCUUCCUCACUGCCCCCCAACCCGUCCAUGGCCAAGCAGAUCUUCCCCUGGAUGAAAGAGAGUCGGCAGACGACCAAGCAGAAAAACUGUUCACCCAGCAACAACUCUGGCAAUGCAUCAGGAGGAGCGGAGAGUGGCAGCAGCGGGGAGAAGAGUCCUACCGGCGGGUCAUCAGCAUCAUCAAAGCGGGCUCGUACGGCGUACACCAGCGCCCAGCUGGUUGAGCUGGAGAAGGAGUUCCACUUCAACCGGUACCUGUGCAGGCCACGGCGCGUGGAGAUGGCCAACCUGCUCAACCUGUCCGAACGCCAGAUCAAGAUCUGGUUUCAGAACCGACGCAUGAAGUACAAGAAGGACCAGAAGUCCAAGGGCCUGAGCUCCAGCUCUGGAGGGCCCUCACCGACUGGCUCCCCACCCCUGCCCAUGCAGUCCUCCGCCAGUUUCCUCAACUCAAUGCACCCCAUGGGAGGGGGAGGCGGAGGAGGAGGUGCAGGCUACGACGUCCCAUCUCCGCCAUCCUUCGGCAAGCCCCACCAGGGAGUAUCUUACUCCAUGUCCACUGCCUACUCCAAUGUCCCCAUGAAGGGCUGCCCCCCCCAGCAGAAGUAUGGCGCCCCAGACCCGGAUUACGGUGACCCCCAUCCCCACCAUGGCCUAGUGCAGGCCAACACCGCCGGAUACGGGACUCCCACCAACAUGCAAGCCAGUCCAGUCUAUGUGGGGGGUGGCAGCUAUGUGGAACCUAUGCCUGGCUCGGGGCCCUCCAUGUAUGGGCUAAACCACCUCGGCCCCACGCAAACCCACCACCAAACCAUGGACUACAAUGGCGCGGGGCCCAUGUCGGCCACCAACCAGCACCACGUGGGCGGAGGGGGACCCCCUGGUCCCUGUGACCCGCCCACACACCCGACGUACACCGAGCUGUCGGCGCACCACACCUCGACUCAGGGCAGAAUCCAGGAAGCACCCAAGCUCACUCACCUGUAGCAGGUUUGGAACAAAAUGACAACGUAGGAAAUAGUGAAGACGACAGAGAACACGUAACACGACGUGACUCACUAACAAACUAACUAACAUGUGGGGACUCUACUGCUGCAAUGGGACGGCAGGACAGACAGAACUAGACAGACAGGAGCCAUCCAGUGGUUUGUCCAGUGCUCAGAGGGGAACCAUCACUGUUUUCCAGGCCCACCCUGUUUUCACUGCCUUCACCAAUAGCUCCGUCAAUUCUUAUUACUAUUGCUAGAGCGUUUAAUUUAAUUUUAAAAAUACAAAGGUUGUGCCUAUUAUCAAGUAGCAGAGAUCGACCCAAACUAUUCAUGUUGUCAAAAGAGUCAGACAAAUCUGCUGUAAAAGUACUGAAAUCAAUGGUAGCUGCCAAAAAGAAAAUUAAGCUGGGACCAUACUUACUAACUCAGAAUUGGAUUCAGCUUUUUUAACUAAGUAUGUGUACACACAUAAGGAAUAUGAAUCUGGACUACUGAAACCUUACGUCGUCAUACAGGGGGGAGAAAACGUUUAAACCAUUUAACUGUGUAAUGUUUUACCUUCCCAUAAAAAAGCUGCUUAAUUUAACUUACACAUUCAAAGCUGCUUAAUGUUAAUAUACAUUAUCAGUGAUAUAUGUUUCAUUUUUGAACUCUUGGUUCCGUUUACCCAUGCUUUUAACAUCAAUCCUUUUAGAGCAAUUUACAGUCUACUCUGAGUGUAUUUCUUGGUCCCAGAGCAGUGAAGCAUAUUGUAGGUGUGGGAGACGUGGUAUACAGUCAAUUGUCUCUCACGUCCCCCCGGGGACAAUAAACGUCAGGGGGCUCGUCUCAUGGCACUGGUGCAGAGACAUAUGCAGCUGUACGGCAUAACAGGAUCUAUGGUGAGCACCGCUGUUUAGUCAGUGUUCAUUAGACUAAUACUCUACAAUCUAAAAAACGGCGAGAUGUCAGUUUUUGGUGAACACUAUUUCUCAGAAAAUAAAAAUAAAUCUAAAGGGAAGGAAAAAUCUCUCUGUAUAAUAUGGUAUAUUUAAGUUGUAUCAUUAAGUACUAAAGUCUUCCUCUUUGGACUUUUAAUACAUCAUGGGCGGAGCAAAUCGCAAGCAUAGCUCAGCUAGCAUGUUGUAAAAGAAAAAAGGCUGUAAGGGCUCUGUUAGAGCUAGUUUAAAAUUGUACUUUGAUAAUAAAAUCUCCCCCCUAAGACACGCACAUAUACAAACAGCUCUCCCGCCUGGUAAAUGAAAUAGUUGAGAUGUUAAUGGGCAGUAAACGAGGUGGCUAGAUUUAUGACGCUGAGCUCUCUCCCCCUCCAGGCAACACAUGUUGUUGUCAGCCGAGCUGAGCUAUGUGGAGAGCUCUGCCUCUCCAUCGCCGGAGAGAGAGGGAGAACAGAAAUAUAUAGCUCGAGCUGGCAGCGCUCAUCAUCCUCUGUUCCCCUCGUUCCACAAGGCACAUAAAAACCACUGGAUGGUCCCCCCUCACUGUCUCUUUUUACCUCCUGCUGUACCCUUCUCUUUCCAUCCAGACUGAAUCACUACUAACCCACCGUCUCCUGUCUGUGGCAGCAGCACAUGGCUUCUGAAGGAGGCAAAAUUUCUCACAAUCCGCCACAGACCACCACCCUCCACCCCCCCCCCCCCCCACACACACACGCGUACACACACACACACACCACCACCACAAAUGCACUCACCACCCUCCCAUCACUCUUACAGGGUUUAAGAAGCUACAAGCUCAAAGGCUAAACUAGCUCCCACGAACACACAUCUGUGCUAAGCUAUGUUAGCUAAUCACUGUUUCAUUAUUCACACACACACACACACACACAGCAAUGCUAAGCUAGCUUCCUUUCGCUGACACAUCCACAGCCAGGCUACACCAGCUGUUGACAUCUUCAAACAAACACAUGAGAGGACACGGAAGAGACAUUUUUAAUGUUCUUGUUUUAGCACAUCAUCGACACAGGGUAACUAAUAAGAGUGGAGAACACUAUUUAUUUAUGUUUGGUUCUCUCUCUCUUUCUCUCUCUCUUUCUGUCUCUCUCUCUCACUAUCAUUUUGGAAGGGUUCACUUUCAUAGUUUUGUUUUGUUCUUGCAUAUCUUGACUUUUAACGUGGAUACAGGGUAUAUAUUUGAACAAAAAUGCAUGUCCAGAGACGAGAGCUGGUGUGUAUCGUACAUUUUGAAAACAAAUGGGUUUAUUUGUUUGAACCAUCAGUGAGGGGAGUUUGGAAGGACACACACAAGGCCCUUACAGGAGUGUUUCAGCCAGUGUUCAACACUGGGAACAAGCUGUGUGUGUCUGACUCCCACUACACUCUCUGCUGUUCUGGAAAUAAACCUGUGAUGUGGUUUUUAAAAGUGCAGAUCUACACAAACGCUUUUCACAUCUGGGCAUCAUUGUUGCACUUAGAGUUUACAUUUUGAUGGUUAAAGGUAAAAAUAAUAAUAAAAUCUUAUUUUGAAGACGUAAGGCCCUCCAAUCAAAGCGUCUUUCGCCAAUGUGUGUUCAAGUGAACAUUCAUAUAUAAAUAUUUAUUUGUUAUAGCCAGUUUAAAAAUACUUUCUGUUUUGUAUAAUUAUUAUUUAUCCUUCAUGUAUUUAUAUCGAGAAAAAAUACUGUACUUUUUUAGUAUUUACCUGUUAAGAAAGAAAAAAAACAACGUUGUGUUCUUCUUGUCCAUUGUACUGAAGUUACAUUUUUUAGUUCUUGUAUUUUAGAAGAAAAUAAGUAGUUUUUAUGUUCCUAUAAUGACCCUUGUACAUAAAUGUCUUGGCUUGUACAGGGAAAAAGGCAAGGAUGGGGAUUGGUGACCCAUCCGUGCAUAGUCGGAAAAUUUAGACAAACUAUUAGCUGGAAAAAAGAAGAAGUCUUUUUGGAGAAAAAAAAACUUAUUUCUUUGUCCUUUGUAGCUCCUUUUUCUUUCAUUGUUGAGAGAGUUGUCUGUCAAACAAUUCUUUAAUAAAAUGUUAUGUUAUUCAGA